GCGAGUCCCACUUGGCGAGGAUCCACGACGACUGGGUGAAAGCAACAGAAGAGUACGACAGAGCUGCCGAGGCUCCUUCCAAAGAGCAGCAGCUGGAGAGGGGUGCCAAAGAACUGCGGAAAGCCUUGUCCGGCAAGAGCUUUGUCUUCAAUGACCAUCCAUGGACCGACCGGGAACCUCCCAGCACCGUGGAGAAGAAGAUACAGCGAUCCUGGGAUGCUUCGGAAGUUGAAGCCAAUCAGGCCCUGAUUCGUGAGAUCGCCGAGAUCCUGAAGAGAUAUCCGAAUCUGACAUUACGGAUCAAGGGAAUCUCCGACGGCUCUGGCUCGGCUGACAAUCUUACUCAGGUGGCUUUUGCCAAGGAUUUCGAGACAGACUUUCCGACGGAGGUGAUGGACAAGACUCUACCCUACGCUCAGGGCCGUGUGUUAACGGUCAAGCGCAUGCUGGUGGAAGAAGGCAUUGCCCUGGAUCGGAUGUCCUCACAGCUGCAGGAGGGAAAGAACAGGUCGGUGGACCUUGAAGUGGAGUAG